AUGUACUCAACGUCGUUCAAAUCGGCAGACGGUCUGGGUCUGAUCUUUAGAGUGGAUCGAACAGGAGGCAUGUGGAAACGACUCUGUUUGAAUAAUGGCAGAAGCGAGGAGUCGUGGCCAAACGACUCCUUUGCGCCCGAAGUGUCGUGUUCAGCCGUGAAGGAGUCGGCCGAUGACACAGAAACCGCUUUGGAACGCUCUGAAUUAUCCAAAGUCGACUGA